ACAGCUGGAAUAGAUACACAAGAAACGCAGAAUCACCGUCAGUAGUACAGGUACAGGUUUACGCAAACUUCACUUCUACAUGCUUCUGUCAAGGAUGACACAAGAUAAGGAAUUGUGUCAGUUUUGAAAAAUGAUUCUUAAAAAUAUGGAAUUCAAAAACCCAUUAGUUUCGAAAAAACUCAAAAAUGGCGCUGUUGAUUUCAAAUCGUCUGCUUCCAUCUUUGGCUUUUCUAAAGGAUUAUUGCAAGUUUUCGAUUAAUAAAAAUUAUUGCAAGGCAGAUACAUCGAAUACUAAACGAUCGGAACGGAUACUUUAUUUAAAUUCCAUUUUGUUCUUAUGAACAAUAAUUAAAUUUAAAAGUUAUCAAACGAUUUCUUAGGAAACGGUUUCUAUCAAACGAUUUACGAUUCUGUUACAGAAGAUCUGACGAUUGCAACAAUGAGGUACUGCUUCACACCCAGAAUUUUGAAAAAGAAAAUUUGGAAGUGAAAUUUACUGUAGAAGUUUAUUAAGUGAAUUUAAGAAGUUUUUAAAUCAUCAGUUAUAGCUGCUGUUUUUAUCCAACAUAAUUAUUUUUAUGUUAAAUUUUGGAAAAUUUAUCUUUUCUUGUUAGCAUUUUUACGAUCUUCAGUUGUCGCGGUCUAUAUCUUCCAGUUACACAAGACUGUGUUUUCUCCAUUUGUUAUUAGAGCCCAUUACUUGGCAGAGCUACAGAUUAAAACUCAUGGCCAUGGCGGCUCAACUUCAGCAAUUUUUUAAAUCUUGUGAUCCGGAUGGUACCCGAUCUGCUGAUCGGGAAGCAUUUAGAGACUUGUGCUGUCGCCUAAAUAUCUCGAUUGAUGACGCCGAUGUGAUUUUUGAGGAUUUGGAUCACGAUCGUGAUGGAAGAAUCAGCUUUUCUGAUUUUUCUAAAGGACUGUCAAAUUUCUUGUCCAGCACGGACGUAGCAGAUCGGGACGCCGUAUCGAUUCUUGAUUCUGAAGUGUUAGUUGGUGAUUCGAAUGACACAAAAAAGCAAUAUGUGUGGACAGCCCUCACCAGCGAAGCGGAAAGAGUUGGAAAGAAAAAUAGCAAUGAUGGCAAAUUGAAAUGGUUAUUAAACGAACUACAGAUGUCUGAACAGCGACACCUAGUUCCUUAUCUGGAAAGCGCCGUAGAAGAACUCUUAGGAAAUUUACAUCAAUUACAGGAAGAGAAAGGACGCCUAGAAGAAUCAUGGCAAAGGGAAAAGUUCGAACACGAAAAGCACCUAAAGCGAAUGGAAGAGGAAUUGGACAACCAGGUGAAAGAAGCGGAGAUGAAAAUGAGAUUGAAGGCUCAAGAGCAAGUUGAAGACGAGAGGAAAUCUCUGCAAACGAGAAUGGAUACCGAAUUGGAUAAAUUACAGACUCAUCUAGCCCUAAUGGAAAAAGUCUACACUUGGUUGAGAACGCAGCCAACGGAUCGCUCUGAUGUAAGACUGGACGAAGUGAGAACAAAGCUGGAUGAAGCUGUGCACGAAAAUAGACAGUUAAGAAUGUCUUUAUUGGACACGCAGACAAGCAUUGCGUUAAUGAGAGGGGAACUUGUACAGUUACGAACAAUGUACGAAGAAAAAUGUCGUGAACUCAGCAGUGAGCGGGAAAAGAUAUUAGAAGUUUUGCAGGAACAAGAUCAUCUCAGUAGACAGCUAAACUUGUUGCAUGAUGCCAACAAAAGACUACUUGAUACUCAUGAUGCCUUACGAAGCACAGUGGAAAGCCCUACUAAGCAGAACUUUAACGGAUCCAGGGCGAAAAGUGGAUCUAUAAUUGGAGAUUAUCUUGAUAUUAGCUACACUAAUAGUGUUAUCGGUCGUUACGAAGAAGACGGUGAAGAUGAGGAUGAUGACGAUAGUUCCAUCAUUCGACGACCACAAUCUAUGGACAAUUCGUAUACACCACGUAGACGUCCGAAACCACGUGACAGACAACAAGCUCGCCAAUCGCUCAAUCACUCUGACAGCGGUGUUUCAACUGUGCGGGACUCUGGGGAGGUUGACGAAAAUUGGGAUCUAUCUCCACGACAAGAUGCACCUACACCUGAAACUGAAGACGAGGAAGAAUUCGUACAGGCUACCGAUUCUAGAAGGGAGCGCAUGCGCCGUGGAUCAGAUCAUUCAAGAAGUAGUCGACCAGCUUCUAUGCCUCCUCCUGUAUCUGAGAGGGUUUCGAAAGGUGACAUUAGAUUGAAAGAAUCAGAAAUCCAUCAGAUGAAGUCUAGCAAUAGUCAAGAAUCAAUCUCAUUAAAUGAAACGUUACCCAGGAGGCGAAUAUCUGACAUAAAAAGGCAACUAGGCAUUGAAGAUAAACCAGUAAGUUGGAAUAAAACUUGUUCUCCAAAUUCAGUACAAUGUUCAACGCCUAAAGAAUGUUUGUAUACCGUGACGUCAAAGAAACCUGGUUUUCCUCCAGUGCCUUUGCCACGUUCGUCAAAGACAAUUCCCAUCUAUGAAUCCAUUGACAAAUACGAUGAGUCCUCAGAUGCUGGACAGUCCGAGUUUUACAACAAUUCUGUUGAAAUUGAGCAGAUGUAUGAACCAACGGGUCCGGCUGAAGAAACUUUCAAAGUGAUUUUGGUAGGCGAUGCCGGAGUCGGGAAGUCAUCCUUUGCCCUCCGUAUUAGCAAAGGUGUUUUUGUUCAACACAUGAGUUCCACUUUAGGCCUCGAUUUUUUGAUGAGAACGAUUUUGGUGGAUGGUAGAAAUGUUGCCGUUCAAUUGUGGGAUACAGCGGGACAAGAAAGAUUCCGUAGUAUAACGAAGACAUAUUUUCGUAAAGCUGAUGGCGUUAUGCUGUUAUACGACUGCACUUGCGAGCACAGUUUUCUAAACGUCAGGCAAUGGGUGGAAGAUAUAGAUGUAUCCUGUUUCUAUUCCAUGAUGGCAGAGAAGCCUUCGAGUAGUGGGAAAUCCUCAUCACAAAGAAUACCUUUAAUGAUUGUGGCCAAUAAAAUUGAUUUGAGAAACCUUGCUCAGAAGACAGGAGCCACCUGUAUAUCAAGUGAAGAUGGGGAAAGGCUUGCUAAAGAUUGUGAUACUACGUUCAUGGAAGCAAGCGCCAAAGACGGAUCAAAUGUCUUGCAUGCUCUAGCCAAUCUUGUGAGGUCAAUGUCGACUCAUCAGGACCUACAAAUGUCAGCAUCUGCACUUCAGUUGUGUGACACAAAACCAAAGAAAUCCAGUUGUUGCAGUAGCAAAUGAAGUUAUUAACUGUCAGACAUAAAAGAACUUCUUUGAAUGACUUUGAAUGUGACAUGAGCGUACAAAAUGUCGAUAAUGACUUACAUAUUUGCAGUGAAAUCUUUCUGACAUUACUUCAUGAGUAACAAACUUUAAGCUCAACACUCUAAAUAAAAUUCUAAUUUAAAGGGAAAUAUUUGUUAAGCCUAAAAUAGGAGUUGUGAAAAAAAUAUUUAUAUUUCUGUAUGACUUUUGAUGGAUAAACAUAUUUGUAGCUAGCAUAAUAUAAAAUGAUCAAAAAAGGUCUUUAAGAUCUUAUUAUUAGAAAAAACAAGCAAU